UAAUUACACCUUAUAAUCCAAGUGAAAUACGAAGUAUAUAGUAAAAACAUUUGAUGAUGAAGCUAUUGAUUUUGACAAACCCGAGCGAAUCUUUUACUUUUUGUUUUUGAUAAUGGAAAAUAAGAAUAAGAAUCUUAAAUAGUGUAAAGUACUACGAGUAAUAAUUUUCUUUUUGAAAGAGAAAAGCAUCAUGCAAAAUACCAUUUAAAAAAUAAAUAAAAUAAAAUAAAAUUGCAAACCCACACACAAAAAGAAUAAAUUAAAAUUAAAAAAAUCCUCCUCCACAUCCCUCCUCCUCCAGAGUGUAAGCUAACAACAAUCGAAAAACCUUUUUAUUUUCAACCUCUCUUUGUCACUUCAAUACACAAAUCACUCUCUUUUGAUUUCGUAAACUCAACAUAUUUCAUCAAUUUUAUAAACAAUUAUUCAAAUCUCUCUGCUGUAUUCCUUUGGUAGUUAUCAGGAUUCUUGUGUAUGUAAACUAUUGGUUGUAGUAAGAAGAAGUAAAAUUGGAUCCAUGAAUAAGAUCAGGCGCCGUAAGCAGUCCAAUGAGAUUCCUGCUGAAAUCACCAAACCAAAUGGGGGCAAUUUACUUGCUAAUGAUCGUAACAAGUACAAGUCGAUGUGGAUCCGCACACAUUCUACCCUAUGGAUGAUUGGGGCUUUUGUCCUCACCAUCUACAUGGGUCAUCUAUAUAUUUGUGCCAUGGUGAUUCUGAUCCAAAUUCUGAUGGCAAAGGAGCUGUUUAAUCUGUUAAGGAAGGUUCGAGAGGAUCGAGAUCUUCCUGGUUUUCGGCUAUUAAAUUGGCACUUUUUCUUCACUGCAAUGCUGUUUGUCUAUGGUCGAUUUCUCAGUCAGCGACUUGUAAAUACUGUCACUUCAGACAAAGUAUUGUUUAAGCUUGUUGGAUUUCUUACAAAGUACCAUAUGGUUAUUUGUUAUUUCCUGUAUAUUGCAGGUUUUGUGUGGUUUAUUCUCUCUCUGAAGAAGAAGAUGUACAAGUAUCAAUUUGGCCAGUUUGCAUGGACGCACAUGAUACUUAUUGUGGUGUUCACGCAAUCAUCAUUUACUGUGGCCAACAUCUUUGAAGGAAUGUUUUGGUUCCUUCUUCCUGCCUCACUUAUAGUCAUAAAUGACAUUGCUGCUUAUCUAUUUGGGUUUUUCUUUGGGAAAACUCCUUUGAUUAAGCUUUCUCCCAAGAAAACUUGGGAAGGUUUUAUUGGGGCUUCCGUUACGACCAUCAUUUCAGCAUUUUUGCUUGCAAAUGUCAUGGGUCGGUUUGAGUGGUUAACAUGUCCAAGAGAGGAUCUAUCUACUGGUUGGCUCCACUGUGAUCCUGGACCACUGUUUAAGCCGGAGUAUUACCACUUGCCAGGAUUGAUUGCAAAUUGGCUCCCUUGGAAGGAUAUUCCUGUCAUGCCUGUUCAAUGGCAUGCUUUAUUUCUAGGCCUAUUCUCAUCAAUCAUAGCGCCUUUUGGAGGAUUUUUUGCUAGCGGGUUUAAAAGAGCCUUCAAGAUCAAGGACUUUGGUGAUAGCAUCCCUGGACAUGGUGGAAUCACCGACAGAAUGGAUUGUCAGAUGGUAAUGGCCGUCUUUGCAUAUAUCUACCAUCAGUCCUUUGUGAAGUCACAAAGUUUAUCAAUUGAUACUAUCUUGGAUCAGAUUUUGAUGAACCUUACAUUUGAGGAGCAGCUAAAUUUAUAUCGGAAGAUUGGAGAAAUCUUGCAACAGAAAAGUAUUGGACAAUCUUAGAUCCACUCUGGAAAGAUGCUUUUGAGCUCAGGAGAGCAUUUCGUAAUGUGCUUUCUGUGUGAGCAUUUCGUACUAGGCCAUGGAAUCUCUUUGACAGCUUUGCUGGAUUAUGUUGCCUUUGUCCUUUUCUUGAUUGACAUGUAACUUCAUUUGGAGAUCUGCGGGAAAAGCUAUUGGUGAUUAGUGAACUGCUAUCUCAAUUCUCAAGUCAUGAAUAUAUCAAAGGGCUGGUAUUUGUCGAAAUGGGCAACGUCUAGAGGGCUUCUUGGCUGGCCUGCCUCUUUGAAAACAAAUAUGAUAUUGGUGGCAAUUGCACUGUACAUGUGGGAGGAGUUAGGAUUAAUUUUUAUCAUUGUACACUAGUGUAUCAUAAUCUUUUUUUUGAAAUGUCGAAACAAACUUUAUUUGAAAGUUUUCUGGUAUUUUCUUUCAUUUAGUUUCAACGUUUAGGGUCUUCAUUACUUUGAUGAACUUUUCUAAAACUCGCAACGCCACUCUUUAGCCAUUGUUGAUGCAGCUUUACCUUGUAUCCUGUCUAUGAUUAUAAAAAUUUUGAGAUGUACAUUCUUCAAUUUGAUCGUGUUUGUACCAAAAACUGCCAAGCUCAUAAAUAGUUGCAACCUAAGCUUUGAGA